AUGGGGAAAAAGCUGAAAAAGCAUCAAAAGGGGGAAGUGGCCCAAUACACGACAAGGGCAAGGGCCCUCAGGAAGUUGCAGGUCUCCCUAGCGGACUUCCGUCGCUUGUGUAUAUUGAAGGGCAUCUAUCCUCGUGACCCAAAAAAGAAACGGUUUGGCGUAAACCAGGUUUACUACCAUAAGAAGGACUUAUUGCACCUACAGGCAGAUGGAGUGUUGCUCUCUGCACUGAGAGAUAUUUCAGCAACCAACAAAAAGAUCAGAAAGAGCGUGGGAAGGAAGGAGCACAAAGAUGCCAAGAGGAGGCUGAGACUUAGGCCUAAACUACCGCUUCAGCAUCUCAUCAAGCAAAAGUUCCCUUCGCUUCUUAGUGCCAUAGAGGACAUCGACGACUGCUUGUGCACCGUCUUCCUUAUCGCCAGCCUCCCCUCUGCCGCAUCUCGCGGUUUGCCUCCUGAGAGGUCAUUGCUGUCCGUGCAACUUUGUGACGAGUUUCUGCUGUUGCUAUCACACCUACGGGCUUUGCGAAAGGCAUUUGUCUCCAUCAAGGGGUUCUUCUUCCAGGCAGAACUUUUAGGCAGACAAGUCACCUGGGUUCUCCCACAUGCUUUUGCGCAAGCCCUUCCCCCUGAAAUCGACUGCCGCGUGUUAGAUACCUUUUCAUUGAUGUACUGUUCAUCCUUGCGGCACAUUCUCUACAAGCUUUAUAAAAUGGAAGGCCUUCGGUACCCCCCUGCGCCACCUAAGGGGGCCCCUACUGCUGCUGCCGGCUCUGCACACCUCUCUUGUCACAGUCUACAGCAAGCCGUCAGCAGAUUCCACAUGCUGAAGGUCACUAAGGCACCACAGCAGCAGCAUGAUUCUGCAUCUGCUGCUGCUGGAGAGGAUGAGCAUGCUACAAAUCCAUUGGAAGACGCUACAACUGCCGGAGAUAGCAGCAACGCAGAGCAAGACACGGAGACCAAGGAGGAAGGCGAAGAAACUGACUCCGCGGCAGAGGAAAGAGAUGAUACAGGGGAAGAAGAAAGCGAGGACGAAGAGUUGGAGGAAUCAAAAAUAGAACUGGCAGAGGCCGAUCAGCGAGACAAUGCAGCACCCCCAGCCAAGACCAGCAAACCAAAGGCUUCAGCCGGCGUCGUACGGCACGACACAAAAGCAGCACCGGAAAGCAACUCAGAGGGAGAGGAAUCAGAGCUGGAACGGCCAGACAGAGAAAGUGAUACAGACAGUGAGGAAGAGGGAGAAAGCAGUGAGGAGGAUAGUGAAGACGCCGAUACAGCUGCAGGUGCAGAGCAGGGCUGCGGUGUUUCGGAACAUCCUGUGCAAUGCCUCUUUGAAGGCCUCGUCUUCUUCGUCUGCAGGGAGACACCGUUGCUUCCUCUGUCAUUCGCAAUUCGGAGUUGCGGGGGCCGUGUGGGUUGGCAGUCAGAGGGCUCUCCAAUUGUUGUUAGUGACAAGAGCAUCACGCACCAAGUCGUCGACAGGCCCGCAGAAGCGGUGUUUCAAGGUUUUGGAGGCUCUAGUCCUUCCCGGGAGUUUGUACAGCCCCAAUGGAUUUUUGAUUGCCUCAAUGCUGGCAUUCUGCUGCCCACAGCAGACUACGCGCCUGGCAAGGCCUUGCCUCCCCAUCUGUCGCCUUUUGUGGAUGACGAGGCCGAGGGUUACAUUCCUCGGCAGAGGGAAGUCCUAGCUAAGCUUCAGAAAGCUCACAAAGAGAAAACGGCGAACACAGAGACACAAGAAGGCCUUUCAGACAGUGAUGGUAUGGCGAUGUCCACAGCGGCAGGCAGCACCGUUAGCUGCUGUAGUACAAACUGCAGCAAGAUGCAGGAGAUUGCCGGAGUGGCAAUCAUGAAUUGCUCUAGAAGCGUUUCCGUAGAGCAGGAUCAGCUACGGAAGGAAGAAUUAUCAGAAGAGCAACUCAAGCAUCAGAAAGCUUUAAUGAACAAAAAGCACAAAAGGCUUCUAGAGCGCAUCGAGUUUGGCCACAAGCGGAAAGAGAAAGAGGCGGCGGCUCUCAAAGCAAAGCGCAGAGCACUCGAGGGGACAUCAGAAUAA